CUGUGGCGGGGCCGCCGCCCGCGCUCACAGGGCAGGAUGGAGACGGAGGGCCGGGUACCGGAACCGGCGCUCCCCGCCGGCGGGGAAGGGCCCGGAGCCGACUCGCAUCUCGCUGCGGGUGCCCUCGGCACGGCCCGGGGGCCGCUGCUCGCCGCCGCCGAGGUGCUGGCCCUGGAUGAUGAGGAAGACGACCUGGAGGUGUUCAGCAAGGAUACAUCUCUGACUGAGGUAAACUCAUUCAGUCCUUCAGUGCCAAUAUCCCCCUCAUCAAUGAUAAACCAGUAUAAAUUUGAAGAUGGGCCAGAAUUAAGAGAUCUCUUCAUUACAGUGGAUGAUCCCGAAAGCCACAUUACAGCCAUUGAAACAUUUAUCACAUACAGAGUAGUCACAAAGACAACCCGUGGUGAAUUUGACUCCAGUGAAUAUGAAGUCCGAAGACGAUACCAGGAUUUCCUUUGGUUGAAGAGCAAACUUGAAGAAGCACAUCCAACACUGAUCAUUCCUCCAUUGCCUGAAAAAUUCAUAAUGAGGGGAAUGGUGGAACGAUUUAGUGAUGAAUUCAUUGAGACUCGAAGAAAAGCUUUACAUAAAUUUUUGAACCGUAUUGCGGAUCAUCCAACUUUAACUUUUAAUGAGGACUUCAAAAUUUUUCUUACUGCUCAAGCCUGGGAACUCUCCUCCCACAAGAAGCAAGGUCCUGGUUUGCUGAGCAGGAUGGGACAGACUGUCAGAGCUGUAGCAUCCUCAGUAAGAGGAGCAGUUAAAAAUCGUCCUGAAAUGUUUACAGAAAUGAACAAUUACAUGGAAACAUUUAGUCAGAAAAUAAACUUACUAGAUAAAAUAGCUCAUAGGAUUUACAAGGAAGAAAGGGACUACUGCAGUGAGAUGAAGGAGUACGGCCCCAUCCACACGCUGUGGUCGGCGUCGGAGGAGGCCAUAGGCGACUCCCUGAAGGGCCUGGCCGGCUGCAUCGAGCGCUGCUGCAGGGCCACGGAGAGGAGGAUGGCAGGGCUCUCAGAGCACCUGCUGCCCAUGCUGCAUGAGUACGUCCUCUACAGUGACAUUCUCAUGGGUGUUUUGAAAAGGAGAGACCAAAUUCAAGGCGAGCUGGAUUCCAAAGUUGAUGCUUUAGCCAAUAAAAAGACAGAGAAGGAUCUGUUCUCAGAAGAGAUUGGGAAACUUGAAGACAAAGUUGAACGUGCCAAUAAUGCUCUGAAAGCGGAUUGGGACAGAUGGAAGCAGAACAUGCAGUGGGAUAUGAGAUCAACAUUCACAAAUGUGGCUGAGAAUAAUCUCCGUUACUAUGAAGAGUGCCUUGCUACGUGGGAGUCCUUCCUAGCAUCUCAAACAGUGGAUCUUCACGUGGAUGAAGAUUCUGAAGACAAGCCUUGAGAAAUAUUUCUGCUUGAUCUCUGCCUUUUCCAUGCAGUUUCUCCCAACCAAAGUGCUUUAUAUGAGAUCAGAUAUAUUAUUAAAUUUAACUGUUAAAAUCAGUGAAAUGCAAGAAACCAGCUUAUUGUACACUCAGGUAUUCUAGUCCUGAAAUACAUUUUGAAACAUGCUAUAUAUUGCUUUAUAUUGCUUAGCUCUGAUUUUACAUAUUUUUAUGCAUUUGCAUACAAUUUUUUUCAUAAAUAUUGUGUAAUUUUGAUAUAAAGUAUUUUAAAUAUGUAAAAAUAGCUCCAUUUUAAUAAAAAGUUGACUAAGGAAA